UGUUCUGCUUUUACUUCUCAGUUCUUUAACGCAAUUUGCCUUGUUCAGUUGUUAUUCGAAAUGCCACUCAAGUUGUAUGCAGUAUCUGAUGGUCCCCCAUCUUUGGCCGUGAGAAUGGCUUUGAAGUAUUUGAAUAUCAAUUACGAACUUAUCAAUGUGGACUUCUGUAAAGGAGAACACCUAACUGAUGAGUACGGAAAGAAAAAUCCACAGAAGGAAAUUCCCGUAUUGGAUGAUGAUGGAUUUUUCUUGGGCGAAAGCAAUGCCAUCCUGCAGUACUUGGUGGACCAGUAUGGAAAAUCGGACGAGUUAUACCCCAAAGAACCCAAAGCUCGUGCGAUCGUCAAUCACCGAUUAUGCUUCAACUUGGCUUUUUAUUACAGCAGAAUAAUGCGACACGCAUUGGCGCCCAUGUUCUUUGACUAUCAGCGUACCCCUUUAACCCAAAAAAUGCUAGAAAUGGCAUUGGACGCUUUUAAUAUCUACUUACAACAGCUUGGAACGAAGUACGCUGCUGCAGAUCACGUUACAAUUGCUGACUUUCAAUUAAUCACCGCGACGUUGUGUCUCGAGGCAAUCAAUUUCGACAUCAGCGGAUAUCCACUAGUGGCGAAAUGGUAUGCCACAUUUAAAGAAGACCAUCCGGAUUUAUGGGCAAUAGCAGCGGGUGGUAUGGCGGAAUUGGUAGAAUUUGAAAAAAAUCCUCCAGACCUGGGACACUUAAACCACCCCUUCCACCCUGUGCGAAAAUAACGUGGGGGUCAUUUUUUUGUAUUUUGCUAAUAAAGCGAAUGCGUUUAAAUAAACAUAUGAAUCCGC